AUGUUAGAUUAAAUUAUGAAAAAAAAAUCACGUAAAUUAAUAACUAUAUUUCUGAGCAUUUAAUCAACUUCCGGGUGUUGUAAGGCUCUUAAAAACUCAUGCUUUGUUAAAGAGAGGCUGCUGUGUUAAAACUAAGACACAAAAAUGGACCCAGAUGUUAUUCAAGACUCCCUAAGGAAAGAUAAUUAUGAAGAUUUAGACUUGGGACCUCGUUUUAAACGGAUGCAGAUAACUGACAAUAUCAGAGAACUUCAAACGGUAUUAAGAGACAGAUCUACAUCAAGGAGUGAUUUUGUCUUCUAUGCAGACAGACUGAUUCGCUUGGUUGUGGAAGAUGGCUUAAAUCAGUUGCCAUACAGGGAAAAAGAAGUCACCACCCCAACAGGCUGCAAGUACAAAGGUCUGAUGUAUGAGAAAGGGAAUUGCUGUGUUAGCAUCAUGAGAAGUGGUGAGGCUAUGGAACAGGCCCUGCGUGACUGCUGCCGCUCAAUACGUAUCGGGAAGAUCCUCAUUUACAGUGAUGAGGACACACACGAUGCCAAGGUCGUCUACUCCAAGCUGCCGCCUGACAUUGCCAACAGGAAGGUGCUCCUGCUCUACCCCAUUGGAAGCACAGGUAACACAGUGAUCAAAGCUAUGCAUGUCCUCAAAGAGAACAAAGUACCUGAGAAGAAUGUAGUACUACUCAACCUGUUUAUCACCCCUCAAGCUGCCAAGACGUUAAUAGAGACAUUCCCAGAGCUGACAAUCCUAACAUCAGAAGUCCAUCCAAUUGCACCACACCAUUUUGGUCAGAAGUACUUUGGAACUUCCUAGACCUGCAGCAGCAAUGUGGGUCUCCUAUCCAGAAAUAUCUUACCUGUAGCCUUAAAAUUGCCAUUUUUUAAGGGCAAUGAAUUCCAUGUUUUAAUUAAAUUACAUAUUCAUUCUAUUCCAGAAACAUGUUAAACAUAGUACCGGUAUUGAAAUAAUAAUUUAAGUUUUUCAUUGGUCUGAGACAUACAACUGUAGUCUUCCAUGUUUAAAUGAAAUUAUGGCUUGCAUUUGUUAAAUGUUAAUGUAUGAUUUAAUUUUUGUAAAAUUUUGUCUGGAGCAAAAACUAAACAAAAGACGAAGUGGGAUGUGGAGUUAACAAGACCCAUUAUUCUUGCUUCCAUAUUUUUGGAAUUAUUCCCAUUUAUUUUGAAUUAAAAUCCUAUGUGGAACAUAUUUUGAAAACUGUAAUGGGUAUGAUCUUGAAUCUAAAUAGGUAGGAAGAUCUCCUGGAUUGAUAUGCACAAGAACCUUAACUCUUGCUUCAAUAUUUUUAGAGUUAUGACCUUUUCUUAUUUUUUUACAUUUAAAUUGUGAAUGGGGCAUAUCUUGCUAACGAUACAAUAUAUCAAGUUAAGAGUUCAUAGCUAGAUACUGAUAGAUCUCAAUAUGGGAACUGCAUGAGUGCCUUAUCUCAUGCUUUCAUAAAUUCCCUGUACUUGCCUCAAUAUAUGAAAUAUUGUCUAGGGCAUAUUUUUAUAAUAUAAGGAAGUAUUGAGUCAAAAUUUCAUAGGUUUGAAGCUUUCAUUGUUGGGAAACCUUAAUUGCAUAUGCCAUCUGACAAGACAACUUACAUGGAAUAAUGUUUCGAUACGUAUCAUCUUCACUUAAUGCUUAGAUUCAUUGUGGUGAACACACAACUUAUGAAAUGACAACUCUGUUUACAUAUUUGAGACUUCUUUUAGAUGGCCUUUUACAUACUUACUUCUUAUGACAUUCAAUUGUCCUCUAAAACCACAGACACAUAAGUAAUGAGCAAAUGAAUUAAAUGAAUGGCCACCUUAACCCUUUCAGUGCGGGAACCGAAUUUUGAAGGCCUUUGCAAACAGUUUGGAUCCAGAUGAGACGCCACAGAACGUGGCGUCUCAUCAGGAUCCAAACUGUUUGCUUUUCUGAUAGUAUUGUUUGAAAAAAAUCGAAGAAAAUGCUAAUUUUAGAAAUUCAGCAGACGACAUUUUAGCAGAAGACAAAUUUCCCAGCAAGCAAAGGGUUAAAUACUGUUGCUCAUCAUACAGCAAUAACAUUUAGCCUGCUGGUUCUUACAAUGUCAGUAUUCUGUAAUUUUCACAUUUUCUUAAUUAUUGAUACAGAGGGUUUUUCAGGCAUGAAAGUGCCAGUUCUGGUUUAAGUAAAACUUAAGAUGCUUCUGGAAUAUCGUCAAUGUAUCCAGGGGACAAAAAUAUUUAUAAAUUGCACUCGUCCUGCAGGACAAGUGCAUUAAAAUUUUCACUCGUCCUGCAAACACAUGCACUUGUCCUUCAAAUAUGUGUGAAAGAAAGAUUGCAAAGGACUGAUAUGACUAACAAUGUUUCCUAUAUCACUGCCAAAAUGCUGCUUACUUAGUUAUUCAUGCCAGCUGAUCAUAGAAGAAAUGUUAACUUACUUUAUUUAUGAGGAACACAAAAUAAAUAAAUGAAGACAAAUUUGUUUUUUCCUUUUUCUAAUGCUUGCGUGCUUUCCAUUUCGGAUGGUUGAACAUCGCUCCUGCCCCCUUUAAAGAACGCUCGUAUGUCAGACAUUUUUCAGAUGAAAUUCAGACUGGUUUAAAACGGUACUUCGCAGUAAAAUAAUUCUUUAAAAAAAAUCAAUAGUUACAGUGAAUGAAGUCAGAUGGUUCCCUGUCAACAUGGACGCGCAAAGUUUACACCAAAAAGCCAAUAUUUACUCCGGGACACAGUCUCGCAUAACAACGCGCACCUGCUGUAUGAAAUUUACAAUUGCGAUUUCCGGUUCAUUCGCGUUCUACUUUCGGAAUAGAUAUGCUUUAAGAAAUGAUUUUAUUUAAUGAAAAAGAGUCUUACUGAUCAGAAAAAACAUAUUUUAACAUCAGUUUUUUUUCACUCGUCCUGUAGGACGAGAGCUUUAGGGAAAUUCACUCGUCCUUUCAAGAUUUCACUCGUCAAUACGAGCGGACGAGUGGAAUUUUUGUCCCCUGGUAUCUUGUAUAUAGUUCCGGUAGGACCAUUCCAAUUAAUUGGAUUUAAAUGAUGCUUGCAGUUGUAAAGCUGAUGUCAUGAGUGAAUUGCAGGGGAAAGAUUGUGGAAGUUAUGUCUGCUUGAAUGUUGGUGUGUUUUAAUAUGUCUGUACAAGGUAAUUUGUCUCAUAAUAUUGAACUGUUGCAUAUAAAAAAAGAGUUAAUAUUUGUUGAAGAAACCUUUUCCAGAAAUACAUUACCUGUUUAAGUAUUCCCUUGGAAAUAAUCUCAAAAACAUCAGUUGUGCUUAAAUUUCUGUAAUAUAAUCAAACUAAUGAUCAUAUGAGGUGGUUGUGAAAUUAUUAUGACCAUACUUGUUUUCUUUUUGUGAUUUAACUUUCAAUUUGUGAUGGAAACAAAGUGUCUGUGUUUACUCUAAUGUGUUGUCAAAGAGCUUUGUAUUUUAUGGGGCACUUAAAUAUGUUUUUUGUUCUUUAAAAUGUGAAAUAACUGUGUAUUAUGAUGGUUUUAUGUCUCUAGUUCUUGCUGCUUGUGGGAUGUAAUAUGAUUACAAUAGGAUUUUCUCCUUUUUCUGCAUUGCUUUUUAUUGUUAUUAAAAAACUUUAACUUUAUGAAGUAUUAAGUAAUUACAUAUUAAUAUUGUACAUAUUUUAAUGUAUUGUGAACUACCAUAUAAGUCAGUUUUAUAUUACUAUAUUGUAUUUCAUUUACAUGUACGAUGCACUCUAGGCUUACAUUCCAAUACAUAUUAAGUAUUUUAUGACAUUUUUUACAAUUCGCUCAGGGCUAUAAAUUGGAAUCAUAUUAAGUAUUUUAUCACCUUUUUUAUAUAAUUCUCUCAAGAGGCUGUAAUUCUGAAACAUAUUAAUCAUCGUUUAAAAUUAUAAAGACACUUAAUAUGAGUCUACUGUUUUUUUAACAUUAAAUUUUGAUGAUGUGUAUUUCCACAAUGUCAUAGAACAUUAAAUAUGUCAUUGGGCCGUAAAAUUUGCAGAACAUUGGUUAAUGAUUGUUGUGAAAGAAUAUUUGGAAAUGUGACGCGUAGCACAUUCAAUUUAUUGUAAAAACACAUUCUAUGACGUAAAUGAUGGACACAAAUUACAUUGUAUCUAUUGAUACAUUUUUUGCUGUAAUGUUUUUGGGGCAUUCAAGGUGCUUAAAUGAACUGCUGUUUUUAGAGUUCUGGUUUUUCAUACUGUGCAUGUGUAAGUAAAGAUUUAUUUUAGGGUAACAAGGUGUUUAAUGUUUAAAAAAAGAAUGUUGGUUGAUCUGAUAUAAACUGUGCAGGUAUCAUUUUAAAUAGUGUUGGUUUAAAAUAUUUUAUGUUUAAAAUAAUUUAUGUAUUUUUUUGCUAUACACAAAGAAUGUGUUCAAAGAUUGUUUGUGUGCUUUUAAUGUCCAGAUUUUAUGGUCAUUUAUUCUUCAAAAUUGAUCUUUUUACAUGAGGGUUCACUUACAAUUUGUCUUAGGAUUUUAUUCAUACUAUCUACGAAAAUAGAUUUUUGUAUGAAAAGCAAUAAAAAUAUAUAAUGUUG